UUUUUAAAUUACUAGUAGACCCGUUCAAGUGCUUUUCAGACAGAUUUAAACGAAAGCACGUAAGAAUGCUAUAGCCGAGUAAGGCUGACUAUUCUGUAUCCUAAACCAGCUGUUAUAUAUUCUGUCUUUAUGUAAAUGCAUAAUUUUCAUGAAAGCCUUCAUAUUGGAGCAUCCUGAAACGCCAGCGUUUACUUUUACAGUGGCUUUCAUCAUAAGAAACCACAAAUUAAAUUAUGUUCUAUGUAAUCCAAUUUCCCUAUGAUUGAUUGAGCAAAGUUUUAUCAGGAGAUAUUAAAAAUAAGUCCUUGCCCAGAUUAGGAUCCAAAAUAUUGGUCCAAAUUCGGGGAGGGUGUUAUAAUAUUUGCAACACCCACAAAGGAAGCAUCAGGGACCCUGUAAAGUGUAUACAUCUGUCCGUUUGUGCGUGUUUGCGUGCGUAACUUUGUGGUGUGUUUUGCUGGCGCAAACAUUAGGAUAUCGGCUUCAAAUUUGGUAGAAACAUUGCACGAAUUUUUGCACGAAUGUUGAUAUUGAAAAUGAGCCAAAUUGAUCAGAGCACAUCGUUAAAAGUUCUGUCAAUUCCGGUUAUAUAUUUAAAAGCAAGUCAAGUAAACGGACAUAAGUGACUUUCACAAAUGAUCUUUUCGUGGAGGCAUUACCACGGAAGAUCUUUUUAUGAAGAGGAUUGAGAUUGUUCUUAUUUAGCACAAACGCCUAAGUUCACAGGACGGUAUCAUAUUGUUACGAAAGUACCAUACUCGAUGAUUUGAGUUCUCAUGGAAACUAUUCAACUUUCCAGGAAAAAAAAAUACCAAAAAAAGGAAAAACCAAAAACUCUAUCAUGACGGUUUACCUGCCUCAUGCAGGUAGCGACCCGUGCAAAGACUGACAACAAUUAGCAGAAGUAGGGAUUAACGCAAAAAUGUCACUACGAAUUCAGGUAAUGUUGACAUUUAAGUAAAAGCGUAUUUAAGCGGAAUAUUUGCGGAAGGCAAAGUCAGUCGAGUCGAAAAGUCAAUCGAAGGGGAGUCGUGAGAGUCGAGUCGACAGAAUUGAAUUGUUAUAUUUAAAAGGAAAAGAUCGGAACAAGAAUUAAAGAGUUUUUCAUUCAUCAUCGUUACUAAUUAAAAAUGUCGCCGCCAUUCGAGAAUCAUUUACGGAAAAUUGAUGAAUUAAUAACCAUUGAGGACAAGGAUCGUAAGCCGUACACUAAUAUCUAUAAUAAAAUACGAGAUACGUUGCUUAAUGGUAUGUGUAAGGUGGAUUCGCCUUUUAGACAAAUGUACAAGGGCUACCGGUUGUGCGGCAGUUAUAUGCACAAUGUCCGCUUGAAGAAACCAAAUGAAUUCGAUGUUAUUUUCAUACUGAGCAUUCCGAAUGGGGAUAAGCUGGCCAUACUAAAAGAUAAAAAUAGACCAGGAUUUGUAAAACUAGGGCUUGGCGACAUUUUUCCUCAAUUAACUGUGGAAAUGAAGUUAAUUCUUAACGAACUAGUUACUGGCAGUGAAAGAUUACUAGUACGAACCGCAUUACAAACGUGGUUAUGCCGCACUAUAAGGAACGUUUUAAAAGGAAUUGAGAAUCGUAUACAAACGGACGGCAGAUAUUUGCAACUUACAUAUUUAAAAACGGGUGUUGCUCACACCAUCUACGCGAGAGAUGUUAAAAAUCCACAUUUCUCGAUUUCUAUCGACUUCAUACCGGCCAUAACAAUUAAAAAAGUAUUUAAAUUUGGGAAUGAGAGCGAUAUACAUUCGCUGUAUGCAGUUCCAAAGCCUUUCAAAGGCAAGUAUAUAAAUGGUUCUGGUAACUCAUUCCAAUUGGUAAAUCCAGACAUGGAACAUAAGCUUUUAAUGGGCAAACAACAUUUAAAAGUAGUCUAUCGCCUGUUGAAAUCUUUACGCGAUCGUCAUCGGUUGGAUCGAUUGAAGAGUGUUUUUUUUACCAGCAUGUUUUUAUGGGAGAUUGAAAAGCGUUCCCAAAACUUUUGGCACAAACCCAUCGGUGAAGUAUUUUUGGAGAUGCUAAAAGUUCUGAAAGAACGCUUUCAAACUCGAAACUUUCCUUAUUUUUGGAGUCCAGAACACAAUCUAGUAGACAUUUUAACCGAUGAUGAAAUGACUGAUUAUGCAGAAAUACUAAACACAAUAUUUUGCACUUUUCAAGCCUAUCCUAACCAACAGUCUUUAACUUUUGACAUGUGUGCCCGUCAUUUUCAAAUAUUGCGCAAAUGCUAACUAAGAACUUGAAACCCACCUGUUGUUUUAUACAUAUGUUAAAAACUAUUAAUUAAUUCACUAUAACACAUUGUCGGUUUGUGAUCUGCAAAUGUUAGUAAAGGCACCCCAUUACUUAGAAUAAGAAUAAGAAGCAAUAUUAAUACACUUUCUUUUCAA